GCCCGCUGAGGGAAAGGAGCUGCCUUGGCGCGCGCGCUCCUGUAGCCCGGCAGCCCUCAGCCGGGAUCCAGGAAGCGGCGACCAGGAAGCUUACGGGGGCCCUCGGGAGGCGAGGGGCGCACGGGGCGUUGGCACAGGCGCGCGCGUGCUUGCGUCGCCGCGCGCCUCAGUGUCGCGACCUGAGCCAUUCAACAGCUGGCCUCGCCCGUGGCGGUCGCAGGGAGCGACGGGGGAGUGUUGGCGCUUUGACACUGCGGCGGUCGGGAGGCGGCGGCCGGAGCUGUGGCGGUUUCGUUCUCCCAGCGGAGCCCUAGCGUGGAAGUUCGGCGGUUUGCUGAAGCGCCCGUUCUUCGAGGGUGAACUCAUUUUAACACAUCACUACAGCCUCCAAAGUGUCUGAUGGAAUAGGUGAUUGUGUCCCUUCCUUAGGAUGUCACAGCACAGUGGUACCAUGAAGAGAUCGCAUGAACCGUGCCCUUUGUGAUAUUUUCUUCUUUGACACAUUUUCUGCAAAAGGUGGUGUGAGGACACCAUGACAGUCACAGUGGUUUAUGAUAACUCUGAGGCAACAGAGCUCUGUGCUGCUCAGCACCUCUACCUCAAGCCUAUAGCAAAAUUAAUGAUCAACGUAUUGCUUCCAGAAUGUAUAGAACCUGUGAGGCCCUUCUCUAACUGGGAAGUUCUUGACCAACUGAAAAGUCUGAUUUGCCCUGACCAGUUUACCACAGUGCGACUCUCCAAGAGUACAAAAGACUUUAUCCGAUUUGAGGGUGAAGCUGAAACCCGAAGUUUGGUUCAGAUCCUGAAAGCAAAGUUACAUGGGAAGAUCAUCAAGCUAAAUGGUUUGAAAACUGACUUAAAAGUAGUAGCUACAGAUGCCCAGGGAGAGUGGGAACACUUCCCCAAGGAGAAAGAGGCCUCAGUGAUUGAGGGAGCUGAAGAGCAAGACCAUGAUAAGAGUCCAGAUGCCAUCUAUUUUGAAGGCUUGCCCUGUAAGUGGUUCGCACCUAAAGGUUCCAGUGGGGAGAAGCCCUGUGAAGAGAUCCUUCGAGUAGUCUUUGAGAGUUUUGGGAAGAUCAAGAAUGUGGAUAUCCCCAUGCUUGACCCCUACAGAGAAGUCAUGACAGGUGGGAGCUUUGGGGGUUUUAACUUUGGCUUGCAAACAUUUGAAGCCUUUAUACAGUACCAGGAGUCAACUGACUUUAUAAAGGCCAUGGAAUCCCUUCGAGGAAUGAAGCUGAUGCUUAAAGGAGAUGAUGGCAAAGCUCUGGCAUGUAACAUUAAGGUUAUGUUUGAUACAACCAAACAUUUCAGUGAAGGAGCUAUACAGAGGAGGAAUCAGGAAAGGCUAAAAUUACAAGAGCUGGAGGAAGAGAGGAAAAAAGAAAAGAAGAGAGAAGAGGAAGUAGCUGAAAGAAAAAGAAAAGACGAAGUGAGGAAAGCCCAAGAAAAGAAAAAAAAGGCCAGAGAGAGGAGGCGAGCUCUGAAGGAAAGAGACAGACACAGGCAAAGAAAGGAGAAGGUGAAAGCUAAGGCUGAGGCUCAGCAGGAGCUGGACUCUUCGGAAGAGUGGGAGGAGCGGAAGUACUUGCUGGCUCAGAGGCGGGUUGAGGCCCUUCGUUUGCUCCGGGUACUCCUGAAGAAGAUUGCGGUUUGGAUAAAAAAGGAGAAGAACCUUGAGCCUUGUCAAGCUCAUAUUAGCCUUCUCUUGAACUAUCUGGGAUCUACACAGUGUAACCCACAGGAGCUUGAUCUUAUGACGCUUGAAGCUCAUAACAUCCCAGGGACCACAUUGAAAUCUCCAGAGGAAGAGGAAUCAAACACUCAGCAUCUUCUAGAUCGAGAAGAAAUGCCAAACAAUCAGGUUUCCAAGUCUGACACUAAACAAAAACAAAAAGCUAAGAAGAAAAGAAGUAAGGCCCAGUUACAGAAAUCUUCACACAGCCCUGGGGUGAAACAAAUAAGAUACUCUACUGGACAAAAGGAAACUGGAAAAGUGUUAUCUGAUGGAUGUGAUUACAGUUUGGUCUCUGAGCAAAAUCCUUUGGAGAGUACAAUGAUUCUGGAUCAAUCUCUUAAAAAAGAAGACCACAAGAGCUCUAGUGAAUCACAGUCUUCUAGACAAGCUGUGAUAAACCAUGGCAGGAAACAGAAGAUCUAUGAAACAGAUGAAUUUAUUAACUAUUUGUUAAACUAUUAUCAGACUCCGGAGUACGCCAGGUUCUCUCUUGAAACAAAUCACCUAACACGCACAUGUCAGUGGCAGAGAACUGUCUAUGCUAAGGGGAAUGGGUUUCAGAUCAACUUAAAACAUAGGUGCCAUUCAAACAGUCUGAGUGAAGUGGAGAGCCUGGAAGUGGAAGAGAAAGACCAGUUGAAGGUGUAUAUGGCAGAUCCUGAGAGUACAUCACAUAAGGCAGGCGAGGUCAGUUAUACCAAAGAAUUCACUAAGAAACUAAGAAACCAUGCUAAGCACCUACCAAGUGAAAGUGACAGUCACCUGUCCCCAAGUGAUGAAGAGAGCUAUCCUGUGGAAAAGAUUCACAGCCCUGAAGUUGAAGAUUCUCAACACACAAGAAAAAGUCCAGUUUCAUCGUUAAGAUCAGUAGAUGUAGGUUUGUCAUUGGCAGACUUCUUGGAGGAAAUUAGUAGUGAUUCUGAAUGCUUCAGUGAAACUCUUAGCAUAAACGAAGAGGAGAGAGAAAGCUCUGAGACUGUCUCUACUAGCUCCCCGGACAAAAGACUGCUUGAUACUGACAAAAUUAUUACUUGCAAACAGAAAACUAAGUCAAGUCAGCAGACCUUGUAUUCUGAGGGGAAAGAUGACCAUGAGGAGAGAUCCUCUAAACAGAAAGUUAGGGCACGAAGUAAAAGGUCCAAAUAUGGAUUGAGCUAUUCUUCACUUGAGGAUGACUGUGAUUCCACUAGAGUUGACAACAUGAGCAACACUAGGGAAAACCUAGGCCCUAGAUCCAUGAUUGAUGAAGGCUACUACCAUGAAUCCACCUCCAGUGAUGAGUUAGAGAGUACCCUGAGAAAGAGGAGGAGAGUUACCAGCAAUACAUUUGGCCAGAAUGUGAAAUACAGGCCCCUUCAUAUGCCAUUAAUGCCGCCAAAACAUGCUGGAGCUUUCUAUUUGGGCUAUUUCUCCAGAAAAAGGCAGAAUCCUUGGAAGCCAGAAGAAUAUAACCAGGAUCUAAGAAGAUUCAAAAGAUAUGAAAGGUCUGAAGAUUACAUGCUCAAUUCUGAUAAUUAUUAUAUCAGUCAUGAUGACAACCAGGAGCAUAUUGAGUAUGGAAGCUACUUAGGAGGCAGCUACUCCAACUCUUUGUAUUUCAAAAUGUUCUGAUGGCCACUUUGAUCAGAAACACCCUUAUUUACAAGAAACAGUUGAUGAAAAGAAAAACUUCAAACCAAAUAUAGCUAUGUUGUUAACAACCACUGAGCAAGGACUAGAAAAGAGGGUCAAGUGCAAAAGCUCUUUCCUUUUGCCAAAGUUUAAAGUGUGGAUCAAAAUGACUGCAGGUAUGUCAACAAGCUUUGGAAAUAGAAAACUGGUACAUUCUGAAGCUUGCUGAAACAAUGGAAUUGCAAAACUUCACAAUCCAAGGACAGAUUUUAUUUUAAGCUUUAAUUUGGUGCCAGUAAAGGAGCAGAUUAGCAGUAAGAAAGCUGACAGCCUUCUAUGCCUCCUUUGCUGUCAUAACACCAUCAUCAUCUUCAAAGAGGACAAAUAGUGGAACACGUUGUUAAAGUGUUCGUAGAUUUGGUCAGAAGCACUAUGUAUAGUAACAAACUUUGCUAAAUUUUACUUCAUCAUAAUUCUAGAUAAAGAAGAGAUCCAGAGGUUAGAAUGGAUAAUAGAUUUCAUGACUUUAGAAUUUCAUGAAGACCCACCAGAAGGAAAUGACUAUAUUCUUAAUACUCAGAGUCAUUCAUUUACACACAGUUUUAGAAGAAGAAUAUAAAAGGGGCUGGUUGUCCUUUGAUGGUUAAGUAGACGGGACUGUUAGAAUUUUUCUUGUUUUGUGAACCCCAUAUCUUUCCAUCAAAGCACCAGGAUUGAACUUACAAACCAGAGGGAUUUGCAAAAGGAAAUAUCAAAAU